CACACACACUGCACCUCCGCCAGUGGGAUGAGACCAGUGGGAUGAGACCAGUGGGAUGAGACCAGUGUGUCGGACUGGGAUGAACAUUUAAGUGGAGAACUUUUUCUUUCUUCUUCUCCUGUUGUUAUGUUGUGUUCAUUUCUGGUGGUUGGAGAGCUGUUAUAGCACGAGCGCGUCUCCACUCUCUCCAGGAGCGCGCAGUGAGUGUGUCGCACGCUGGAAACAACAGAAAAGCAGCAGCUCAGUGCAGCUCAGUUUGCAGCUCAGUGUGCAGCGCAGGCAGGUUUCUCUUUUUAAAAAGCAGCCCGAGAGGCAGAGGAGUUAUUACCGGAGUCCACUGCAGGAGGUGGACGGAGAGAGACCGGGUUUACUGAGGAGAAAUCGGCGGUGUAACUUGGGGAUAUGGAGGCUGUGAAGACGUUCAACCUUCUCCUUGGAGUUGUUUUAGUUUUGCAGUGUGUUGGGGAUGCAAGAGCCGAGAUCACAGCCGGGAACGGGGUCUCUUACUCAUACGUGCAGGGGCAGGCAGGAGAUGAGGAAGCUGCAGUGGACGUGAAGCUGUACAGUCACCGGUGGAGGAGAUGGCUUCCCCCAAAACCUCGCAACAUGGACAGUAACAGGGCCAGUCAGGAGCAGGACCAGGACCCUGAGCAGGAGGAGCCCGAGGCCUUCCCAGGCGUGCUGUCUGCAGAGGAAACAGACAACAGCUCCCAGAUAGAAGAGGAUACAGAUCACAACUACUACACAUCAAAAACGUACAACCGGCCAGACGCGAUGAGCAAGGACUUGUGGGUAGAUAUCGACCAGAUGGACAAGGACAAAGUGAAGAUCCACGGGAUUCUGUCCAACACGCACAGACAAGCAGCGAGAGUUAAUCUGUCCUUCGAUUUCCCUUUUUAUGGACAUUUCCUGCGUGAAAUCACCGUGGCGACUGGUGGGUUCAUCUACACAGGUGAUGUGGUCCACCGGAUGCUAACAGCUACACAGUACAUCGCUCCUCUGAUGGCAAACUUUGACCCCAGCGUCUCCAGAAACUCUACUGUCAUCUACUUCGACAACGGUACUGCUCUGGUGGUGCAGUGGGACCAUGUUCACCUGCAGGACAACUACAACCUGGGAAGCUUCACCUUCCAGGCGACGCUGCACAACACCGGCAGGAUCGUUUUUGCAUACAAAGAGAUCCCCAUUGAGGUUUCACAGAUCAGCUCUGUCAAUCACCCGGUGAAGGUGGGCCUGUCUGAUGCCUUUGUGGUGGUCCACAAGAUCCAACAGAUACCCAACGUGAGGCGGAGGACAAUCUACGAGUACCACCGCGUGGAGCUGACGAAGACGAAGAUCACCAAUUCCACAGCCGUGGAAAUGAUGCCUUUACCCACCUGUCUCCAGUUCACCAGCUGUAGCACGUGCAUCUCCUCACAGAUCAACUUCAACUGCAGCUGGUGCCAUCGGCUCAACAGAUGCUCCAGUGGCUUCGACCGCCAUCGGCAGGACUGGGUGGAUAACAGCUGCCCAGAUGAGACCAAGGACAAGAUGUGUGACAUCAUCGACACCACGUAUCUCUACCCCUUCACCACCGCGAUCGUCCCCAAGACAACAUCCAGGAGCAAAGAGGCCACUGCAGGCAGAGACGCUCCCUCCACCUCCCACCCUCCCACCAGCGUCCCCACUGAAGAUGAUACCAAGAUCGCCCUACAUCUCAGAGACAACCAGGUGCUGCCUGCAGACAGCGCCGUAGACAGGAAGCCAGGCACGCACCCGUUGCACACCGGUCUGAUUCUCGGCAUCCUCCUGGUGAUGCUCGUCAUGGUUGCCGGCGUGCUGGUCACCGUGUACAUCUACCAUCACCCGACCUCCGCGGCCAGCCUCUUCCUCAUCGAGAGACGCCCGAGCAGGUGGCCAGCCAUGAAGUUCCGCCGGGGGUCGGGCCACCCGGCCUACGCAGAGGUGGAGCCAGUGGGCCAGGAGAAGGAGGGCUUCAUCGUGUCGGAGCAGUGCUGAGGGAGGAGGGGGCGUCUGCAUCCCCGCGCCCCUCCACCCCACCCAUCCCUUCCGUGCCGGCCCUCCUCCCUCCUUCUCCACAGGGACUUCUCGCCAGGAACCUCCAGGAUCUGCUUAUCAGUGUACACAAUGACUCGUUAAGACUGCGGGAUCGGCCCAUUGAGCGCCAGAUGAGACUGGAUACGGCAGCCAACGAUACGAGGAAGUCCCUGAAAAGUGAUCCCAGACAAGCCCAUUGUUCAGCUCCUGUUGGCUGACCUACUGAGGGACAGAGGGAGGGAACAGCAUUGAUGUCAUCGAAUCAGUCAGCAUUGGUUAAGUUCUGUUGGGCUGCUAUCAUGUUGCCAUGGAGGGAUUGUACAGCCUGACUGCCUAGACUGGAUACCGGUGUGGUUGAGGGAGGGAGCAGGGUGAAUUAUACAAUAUAUAUUUUCAGAAACAAUACAGAGUAUGUGAACAGAGAUUUCCACUUUAUUGUCGGUGGGGUUAUACUGUAUAGGCCUUUGUAUAUCCAUCAGGUUUUUACUUCUUUUCCUUUUUCUUUCAGUAUGUUGUUUUCACAGGGGGUUGGCACAUUUAUCUGUACAGACCGUCGGUAUUGCUUUUCAAUACCAUCGCAGGCUUAAUUGACUUUUCCACUGCCUGCUCUGCACAGAGAGGCUGCAGCAUGUGCGAUAUGACGUGAGCUGAAGUCCUGUCACUGCGAUCGAUCGCAGCUCGGAGAAAAAGCUCUGAACACUCAGCAGCCGAAUUAAUUUGUGAUGUUUGGCUGGUUUCAUUUUCUGAAAAUGAAGAUUUUUUUUGUUCACUGAGAAUAUCUCAGUGUUUUUUUUUAAUGGGUGAUGGGCACGAUCUUUCUUUCUUUUGAUUGAUUCCUUACAUCAUGGAUACCAUUUUAUGUAUUUGUUUUGUUUUUAUUUUUGCAGUUUUUUUAAUUACUGCCGUGCCAUUUUGUCCCCAACUAGAGUUUGCACAUUUUUUUUUUCUCAUUUGACAUGUGGUACUAAUGCAAAAUUACAAGACAGGCGCUUGUGAGUGUGUAUGCUGAAUAUAUUUUCUAAAGUGUAAGUGAUUCUGUGUGUGUGUGUGUGUGUGUGUGUGUGUGUGUAUGUGUGUGAAUGCAAAAGAGAGCAGUUUACAUUAGUGAUUGGAUAUCCACCUGCUUUAUGGGUGCAUAUGUUUGAGCUGGCUCUGCACAGGUGAUUCUUAUUGAUUUGAAUCUGAGGUAUCUGGAUACAGUUUGUGUGAGCCAGAAGACACACUGGUAUGGUUGGAGUUUUCAUUGAUUUUUUCUUUUUUUACAGUGUGGUUUCCUUUUCUAGUAUGUUUUCAGCAUAACCAUAGUCUGUGUUUAUGUUAUGAUCGGCUCAUCCGUGUCAACACAUUAAUGUAUAUACCAAGGCCAAAACAUUUGCAGAUUCAGGUAACUCAUGGCAAAACAUUUGUAGUAUAGCAGUAUAGUACAGAAAAAAAAACUUUUUUAUUUUUUAUGAGUGGCCUUUUUUUCUCUACUUUUUUACUUAAAUGUGAAUACUGUUCCAAUCAUUAUACUGUCACCAAUCAAUACACACGGCUUCUGACUGAACAGUCACUUCUACUGUUAAUAAUAAUAUCUCAAGACAAAAUUAUGUUUUCACACUAAUGAUUGUAGACUCAUUUUAGAUCAGUAUCUUGGAAUUCUACUGAAAAAUAAAAUGUGCAAUAUUACACCCAUUCAGUUUGACACUGUAAAUACAUAAAAAAAUAACAAUCUGGA